AUGGGCGAGGCUCCGAAGUUUUGGCUUGACGACCGAUGCAUCGAUGACUGUCGACCACUUCGCGUGGCAGUCAUUGGGGCCGGAAUCUCGGGAAUUCUCGCCUCCAUUCGCUUUCCACGGAGGAUUCCCAAUCUUUCUCUUCAGGUGUACGAGAAGAACUCAGAUAUUGGCGGGACGUGGUUCGAAAACAGAUAUCCGGGAUGUGCCUGUGAUAUCCCCGCGCAUACAUACCAAGCUACAUUUGAACCCAAUCAUGAAUGGUCGCAGUUCUAUGCCACUGCCAAGGAGAUACAUCAAUAUUGGAAGAAGGUGGUGGACAAGUACGAUUGUAUGAAAUAUAUCAAGCUCAGGCAUCAGGUUGUCGGUGCAUAUUGGGAUGAUCGCCAUUCAAAGUGGAGCAUCCAGAUCAAAGAUCUAGUCAACAACGUUGUUUUGGCAGAUUCCUGCGAUGUUCUGAUAUCAGCAACCGGCGCUCUCAAUGACUGGAAGUGGCCCGAUAUACCCGGUCUUCCGGACUUCCAGGGUACAUUGCUUCACAGUGCCCAGUGGGACGAGUCGUUUGACUGGGCGGACAAAAGACUGGCCGUGAUAGGAAAUGGAUCAAGUGGAAUUCAAAUUGUCCCUGCUGUGCUCGCCCGCUCCCGUCAUAUUGAUCAUUAUAUUCGUGGCCGAACCUGGCUGUCUCCGACAUUUGCCAGAGAAAAAGUCGACCAAAUGGGUCAAGGCUUGGAUAAUUUUUCAUUCGCACCAGAGGACAUCAGCCGGUUCAAAAGAGAUCCAGAAUUCUACGAGAAGUUCCGCAAAGACAUUGAACUCGAACUCCAAUCCGUCCACGCCGUGACCAUCAAAGGCUCACCCGAACAAUUAGGGGCGGUGGAACUGUUCACGGAGAACAUGAAGAGAAGGCUCUCCGGGAAACCCGCUCUGAUCGAUACCCUUAUGCCAUCAUUCCCACCAGUGUGCCGCAGAUUGACUCCCGGACCGGGAUAUCUUGAAGCCCUGACCGAUCCGAAAGUGGAUGUCAUCGCGACGGGAAUCCGCGAAGUCGUGGAAGACGGCAUCAUCACAACAGACGGGGUCCAUCAUCCGGUGGAUGCCAUCAUCUGCGCGACAGGCUUCGACACGAGCUUCUGUCCACGGUUCCCCAUCGUGGGCAAGAAUGGUACCAGUCUCACAGACAAGUGGAAACGGGUCCCAUCGACGUACCUGUCGGUAGCGACGGACGAGUUCCCGAACUACUUCAUUUCCCUGGGCCCGAAUUCUGCCCUGGGCACCGGCAACUUACUCCUCCUGAUCGAGAAGGCCAUCGACUACAUGACUCUAUGUAUGGCAAAGAUGCAACGGGAUAAUAUCCGUUCCAUGGCUCCGCGAGCUGAUGCCGUCAAAUUCUUCGUCCAGUACUGUGACUUGUAUUUUCAAAAGACCGUGUACAGUCUCGAUUGUCGCAGCUGGUAUAAAGGUGGCACAACAGAUGGGAGAGUCAGUGCUCUUUGGCCAGGAUCGUCUCUUCAUGCCAUGCAGGCGCUGGCGUAUCCGAGAUGGGAAGAUUUUGAGUACGAGUUCGUCAAUGACAAUCCCGGAGCAUGGAUCGGGAAUGGCUGGACGGUCAACGAGAGGGAGAAGAAGGUCAAUGUGGAUUAUUUGAAUUAUGACAAGAUUGAUUUUCCGCCUGUACCACCGCCCGCAGAAGAUCGAGGUGCUGGUACCAGAUCUGCCCUUUAA